UGAAUACUUUAUUUUCCUUGACAUCAAGAAUUGUAGCGUUUGUCAUCGUGUAGGAAAUCGAAAUACUUGGUAUCUUAUUAAUAGUGUGUGGAAUAGCUUGCAAAGAAAUAUACUAAAUAAUCAUUUUAAGACGAACAUUUUUUCACAAGUAAGAUGUGUGGAUAUUAUUAUAACCAAUUAAGAAAUCUUUGUUGUCUAUAAGAUAGUGGGAGCAACUACACGGAAUAAUAUUCUGAAAGUUGAUGCAGUUAAUGGACUUUUCCUAAUAAAGAGCUGAACGUCACGUGAUAGACUACAGAUGGGCGACAAGGCCCAUCUUCGUAAACUCAACUUUUCUCUACCGUCGGUUUAUCGCCAUGUUGUUCCCCGAAAACCCAGAAUCAUACCACGGAGAAAAAGCGAAGAGUACCGGGUGACUCUUCCACCUAUAGUUAUGACGGAAACAUCCGAGGACUUCGAUGAUUCUAAUGAUAUGACGGAUAAAUCUGAGGACUUCGAUGAUUCUAAUGAUAUGACGGAUAAAUCGGAGGACUCCGAUGAUUCCGAUGUUUCAGAUGACGUUGUCAUUUUGGAGGAAAACAAUCAGCGAUCUCGUCCGAUGAGAAGACCUGCGGACACGACUGGCUUGACAGUGUAUCUAGCUGCAUGUAAAAAGUACAACAUAACUCCAAUGUCUACGCUACGACGCCAACUCCAAGGUGAAAUGGUCUCCAUAAAGGACCAAACCAUACAGGGGAACAACGCCAAGGCCUUCGCUUUGGCACUAGUGGCAAACUUCAGUAUCACCAAUAUUGACCUAGAAGGGAGUUACCUGGGACGAGAUGGUGUUACUUAUAUAGCUGAUGUCCUAAAUAACAAUGCCAACAUUACAGAAUUGAACCUAAGUGGCAACAAACUGAUGUCCCAUGGAUUGCAGAUUAUUGUGAACACCUUGCGAGACAACCGAUCGCUUCGUUCGCUGGAUUUGUCGGAUAAUGAUUUAACGUCAAAUGAUGCAAGCUAUUUGAAAGAUCUUUUGCUGUCUCGUUGUAUUCUACAGAGGUUGAACUUUUCCAAAAAUAAAUUUGAGGAAACUGGCGGCGUUCUCAUCGCCCAAGGACUAGCUAAAAAUACAGAGGUAAAAGUGUUGGAUAUCAGCUGGAACCAUCUAAGGGGAAAAGGAGCGGCUGCCAUCGGACAAAGUCUAAUGAACAACACUACACUUGAGGAGCUUGAUGUUUCCUGGAACGGCUUUGACUUUCCCGGAUGCCAUGGACUCGGAAGAGGUCUGAAUGUGAAUAAAUCUCUCCGAGAAUUGAACGUUAGCUCGAACAGAAUUGGUCCUAGCGGAAUGGCAAAAGUUCUAGAGGGCCUGAAGAAUAACAACACUUUGGUCAGCCUCAAGAUUGCAGGUAAUUCGCUGGGAUCAGAAGGAACUUUGGCGGUUUUGAACGCUGCAUUGCAUUCUACCAUCGAGGAGAUAGAUUUCGGGAACCAACCUGUGUCGAAUGAAUUUGUGGACCUUCUUGCAAAACAGAGCGCUCAACGAGAUAUUAAAGUGCGUCACGGAAAAGUACUACAGUCUAAGACAAGGUCAGAAGUUUGCGACGAAACCAAGUACAUUCCGGGGAACCCGCUCAUGGUCUUAUUUGAAUUCAUACGAAUGAAGAAACUGGACCUUCUGGAUGUUUUUAAAACCCUCGACGCCAACAGUAACCACUCUAUAACAUGGCAAGAGUUUCAGGUCGGAGUUAAGAAAAGUUAUAUUCCUAUCCGAACUAAAGAUUUGGAAGAUUUAAUUAAGAAUAUGGACUUAAAUAGAGACGGGGAAAUCAACUUCAGUGAACUGGUCGUCGCACAGAAGGCUCAUAACGCCAGGGCGGAGAAACUGUUGGCCAAUAGUCUGGACGCCUUUGACGACAGCAAUAUUGGACAGAUACAUCAUGAUAUCCAAAAGUGGUGCUGCGACAAAGAUGUCUGCCUUAAACGAUAUAAACUCGUAGAAUGACGACAUUCAGUUUCAUACGUUGCUUGAUUAAAUGAAGGAGAAACAAUAUUAAGUUAUAAUAAGAUGGAUAUGAAUGUAAAAUUUUAUAAUAGCAACUUGCAAUGUAUGAGACUUGUUACACAAAGGUCGUUACUGCAAAACAUCUAAGUGUAAUAUGUAUUACAUUUUUACCAUCGAAAUAUCAAAAAUUCAUUCUAUAAAAGUGAUAUUUUUCACUAGUGAAAAAUAUCAUAUUUGCUGAUUUGACCAAUCAAAU